AUGGCAUCCAACGGCGAAGCUAAGAUCAUCCUCUAUACCAAUCAUCGCUGCCCUUGGGCGCACCGCGCGCACAUCGCCCUCGCGGAGCUCAAGCUCCCCUUCGAGGAGGUCAUCAUCCCGCUCGACCGGCCCCGGGACCCGUGGUACCUCGAGGUUAACCCGCGCGGCCUCGUCCCCUCGCUGUCCUACGACGGCGAGAUCAUCACCGAGUCGGCCGUCGUGUCGCAGUUCCUGGCCGACGCCCACCCGUCAUCGUCCUCGCGCCUGCUGCCCGCGUCCGACGCUCCGGGAGGCGCCCUGCGCAGGGCGCGCGUCGCCUUCUUCGUCGACGCGUACAUGACCAAGGUCCACGCCGUGGUCGCGCAGCUCCUGUCCGCGCGCAGCGACGAGCAGGCCGAGGCCGUGGCGCAGGCCGCCGUCGCCGCCGUGGCGAAGGAGGUCGAGCCCCUGCUGCGGGACGCGAGGCCGUUCUUUGGCGGCAGCGAGGAGCUUACCCUUGCCGAGGUACUCACGGGCUCUUUCAUCGUGCGCCUCUUGGCUGUCGGUGGCGCAGGCGUGUACCCGGAGAGUCUGCUGGCGGGUCUCAAGGAGAAGGCGCCGAACUCCUACCGGUGGGCCGAGGCCGUCGCCGCGCACCCGAGCGUGACCAACAUCUUUGAUCCUGAGCUGACUGUGGAGGUUGCCAAGUCGAGACUUGCCAGGGCGCGCGGGCAGGCUUGA